ACCCCAUCACCUCGUUAUCCAGUUUCACUGCUUAAUGUCUCCAUCCCUCUGCAUUUGCUCGCCCUUGACUUGACGGCCUGCCACAUUCGUUGCCGAGAAUUUUGACUCAAAUUCAAGCCUGGUGCUGUGACACGUCGCAACCGUUCAACCGAGGCAGGUAGAACUUGGACACGGGAUUGAUCUUGUGCGGAAGACUAUGCACGGUAUACAAACCGUAAGGAGCCCAAACCGUCAGGAUACCUUUGAUCUCAGAGACCAGAUGCUUGCCGAGGACCACGCACAACAUGCGCAGGCGCAUGCUGAUGCUGCCCAGUACACGUCUGACGAGGAGCACUCGGUUCUCGAGGAUGACUCGGACGGAGAGGGAGCAGAUGGAGACUACAUCGACGACGACGACGCAUCCUCGGAACUCUCCAUACCUAAUGAGUCCAUUGACUUCGAUUUGGUUUACGCGCUUCAUAGUUUUGCAGCGACGGUAGAAGGCCAGGCCAAUGUGGUCAAGGGAGAUAGUCUGUUUCUAAUGGACGAUAGCAAUAGCUACUGGUGGCUUGUUCGCGUCCUCAAAACUCAAGAAGUUGGAUAUAUACCCGCUGAAAACAUUGAGACGCCUUUCGAGCGUCUUGCCAGAUUGAAUAAGCACCGGAAUGUGGAUCUAUCCUCUGCUACACAAGCCGAGCUGCAAGGGGACGUGCACCAACAACGAGAUCGACUGCGGACCAACCUCUCGUCGCGAGCAGGUAACGGUACACCCUCUCCGACACCAGAGCGCGGACUCCAGCGCUCUCGAAACACCAAGUCUGUCAUAUUCCAGGCCUCCUUUCACGUUCAUCGGUACCCUCCGGCUGUAUGGGGCGAUGAGGACGAAGACGAGGAAGAUGUCGAAUGGGACGACGAGCCGUACGAGGACGAAGAUCCGGAUCUUGUGGACGAGCCUGCCGACGAUGUCAACAUGGAGCCUGACGACGGUAUGAGCUGGGAAGAGGGCGCUGCGGCGGAGAUGCAGGCUGCUAGGAUGCAGGCUCAGGCAACGCAGGGCCAGCGAGCGCAGGACCAGACGUCGCCUCAGCCACUACAGCAGCAAGUACAAAGGGAAGGCUCACGCGAGCGCCUGGGUGUUGGACCAGACAGCACCCGAGCGCUGUCCCCCAGUUCACCUCCAGGACCCAAGUCUCUCGACCCUGCUCAGGCCACCGACACGGUUAAACUCAGUGUCACUCCCCCCAUUGUUUGUGAUGGCGUGAUGGCUGAGCAGCAGAAGCAGCCCCAGCAGCAGGCUCAGGGGACACCUGGCCCCUUGCUGCCGAGCGACAUCAUGCGACAGCAGGAGGAGCAGCGCAAGCGACAGCGGGAAGAAAUAGAGGCGCUUGAAGCUGAGGCCAGAAAGCGUGCGAAUAAGAUGAAGGAGAAGACAGCUUCACCAUCGCCGGAGUCGCGCCCGAAUGGCGGGGCCAAGCUGAAGAAAGAGAGAGAGGUGGAAGACGACUCGAAGGAGAAGAAGAAGAAGGGCGGUAUGCUUAGCGGUCUGUUCGGACGAAGGAAGGACAAAGGCAAGGACAAGGGCUCAUCCGAGAAUGGCUCAGUUGAUCUUGGACGGCCUUCGGAGGAGUCCAGCAGGUCGAGCAAUGCGCACCUGGCGGCAAACCCGUCGGAGUCGGGCAUGACCUCCCCCACUACAGCCGCAGCGAGACAACAACAGCAACAGAUGUCUGCGGUCCGGAACUCCACCGAUCCCAAACGUCAAAACCAGCAGCAGCAACAGCAAUACCAGCAAGGCACUACUACACCGCCCACGACGCCGCCUCAGCAAAGCUCACUCGUCUCACAGCAUGCAUCGCAGCUUCGCCAGAGGGACCAGCAACAGCAGGCUUUAUACCAGCAGUACCUCAAUCGAUCUCCAUCUUCGCCGCCGGAUUUGCAGCCUUCAUAUGGUCUGCAGUCUGCAUCCGCAAUCAUGCCCCACGCGAGUUCAUUCAAUUCAUCCAGUAGUUCUGCCUCGGGUCUCGGAAUCGGCCUCACGCCAGAAAGUGCUGGGACUCGCCGACCCCGCCCUGGCUCCUUGGUACUCUCGCCUACCGCUACUGACGGGCAGGGCGUUCCUGAGCUUAGCGUCAUACGUGUCUUUGCGGGGAACAACCUGCAGACGGAGGCAACCUUCAAGACUGUCUUACUAAACUCGUCCACUACCUCUCAGGAUCUUGUUCGGCAGGCCAUUCAACGGUUCCGUUUACCCGCUGGCGAAGACGAGAACGAUUACUACCUCACUAUCAAGCAGGUGGAGGGUUCCUCUGCCGUACUUCGUCCUCAGGAAAAGCCGCUGGGAGUUUUCGAGAACCUGGUCGAAGCCGCCAUGGAAUUGCCUAAGGUCAAGAGAAGUAGCGUUGGCAGUAUCAGUUCCGUGUCUAGCAAUCUCUCCUUGCAUCCUGCCAUCAAAAAGCUGUCUAUGAAUGAUUUCACUGACGAUUCUGCCGUCAAGUUCUAUCUCAACCGACGAAGCAUAGAGGGCGAAGAAGGAAGCGCUGAAGGUCAAGAGGGUGAUGACACCUUGAUCGCAGAACUGGAUGACUCUGUAUCUCAUACAUCGAAACCUCAGUACCUCUCAGUCUCCACAGCAGGUGGCCCGAGUGUCGCUCCGGAACGCUUCAGCUCCCCGUCUUUCAGAUUCACUCUUCAGCUCGUGAUUUACCCAGAGGACCUGCCUGAUGACAUGGUCUUCGACUCGCAGACAGAGGCUAUUGUAUUCAAGAACAGCGUCCGUGACCGAGGACAGCCUAGCAUACCGCCUGGCAUAUCCAUGUCACAGCGACGGAAGGUCUUUGCAUUGCCGAAGAAUAUCACGGUGGCCGAGGUUAUCGAGAUGGGUCUGGACAUGUUCGGUAUCGUCGAAGGUGUUGUCGACGGAGGAGAUGAAGUCGAAGACAAAGUCUCGAAGAGGAAGAGCUCUUCCAGGGUACGAUACGGACUGAGUGUCUCUGUGGGUGGCCAAGAGCGAGAGCUGUCGCCCACUAGCAAAGUCAUUGAGGCGUACCCUAGACCACCUACGUAUCGCACAGUCGACAGACGCUUCAGUGAGAGCAAGCGACGUUCGGUUGACUCCGGUAUGUUGCUGGGCAAUCCGGACGAAGUUUCUCCGGACGACCCCAUCUUCAUCUUGCGGCGAGCCGUGACAUACCGCACUUCUUCGUCGCGCCAUCGGAAUUCCGCCCCAUUAGAUGAAAUAGCGCUCCAGAACCUGCACCGCGUAUCGGCAUCUACUUCCAGUGUGACAUCCGACAAUACAUCUGGUGUAAACGAGGAAGCAAGGCAGCGCCAGCCAUCCAAGCAAGAUAUCAUUGCAGCGCAACGUGCGGCAGUUCGUGCUAAUCAGCGCGCUAUUCUCUCAACCCAGGCGAACUCUGAACGCGGUCUCGACGUCCUGCUGCCCGGAAAUGCGAUGCUACGCAGCUCUCGUUACGAAGUCGAUGAUAGAAUCAGAUACUCCUAUGUGGAUCCACAGGGGGAAAGUUACGAUAUCAGCGACAUAGUAGAACAAGAGUGGCGUAGAGAAAGCAAUAUCAACAACAGGAACGACCUCUUGGAAGGUGUACUCGGUCGCAACGAAGAAGCAGUCGGCGAUCAACUUGACCGCGUUCUCAGUAGGGUGAAAGAGGGCAAAGGUCAAAAUAGGCAGCUUACCGCUGGUACUGGCCAAGAUGUCAUGGCUACAACGCCGACUACCUCCAACUCCGAGUAUUCAUUCGACCAAGCUAUCUCAGCUGCAAUCCCAGUCUCUACUUCGAGGACAGCGACACCUGUGGUGGGCACGGUUCGAUCUCCUACUCCUACCUCUGUCGCUGCGCGCGCCAUGUCUGCGGCAUCUGGUUCAAGAACGAACACCCCCACAACUUUCACUACUGCUAGCGAGGGCCAUAGUCGAAUCAGGACGACCACUCCAACAGCUGCAUACAAGCAACCCCCUGACAUGCAUCAGCGGCAAGCCUCGUCUACGUCUGUUCUUUCGGAUGCGUCGGGAUACAGGACUGCCGCUGCUACACCCACGGCGGGUCGCUCGAAAUCUUCGCUCUCUCAGACGCGUGCCCAGACUCCGGCGAAGAGGAGAAGGCCUGUCGUACCUAACAAUGACUUCGGGCUUUCGGGAAUGAUGGCUGUCAUAGAGCUCCGCGCCCAGAUGGCGGAACCCGAAGUUAAGCCUCGACCAGCUGUGGAUCCCGUGGACGAAAUGCUCUUCGGCAAACCGCUGAAUGCCGACGAGUUACACCCUCAAAUCAGGGAUGUGUAUGGAGAGUCCUUCAAGAAAUUGGAGGAAAUGGAUCAGGUUCUUGACGAACUAUUGCGCAGCACUCAUCCUAAUAUCGCCGCGUUUUGAGUUCCUUGCUUACGCGUACGCUAGUAAUGACUAUUUAUUGAUUGUCGUUCGCUUUGGUUUAGCAUAAUUUAGGAUCAUGGAUUUAUUUAAGCAGUGUAAUAGACUGUGUUCAAUGCAAGUUCGUGUGCAUGCC